AAAKUUUUUGUCUGUGCAGAUACAAGCACGCCCGCUGUUUUUGAUUCUUUCUUUUAAACCCGCGCUAGUCUCUUUCAUGUCGGCUUACCACAUAAAAAGCUGCCCUUGCUUUGCGUCAGACUUUCCGGCCUGAAGUUGUCAGAUUACGGCAGAACACUCGCCGGCACUCUAGUCAAACUGCCUCCCCGAGCCCCUAGCUAAUCUCUCUCUUCCGUAUAACUCUCUGUCUAGUACCAACUGUGCUAACUUCUGACAAGGAAUUUGGAGAUGUUGUCUUCCCGUGUUGGGCGGCCGGUGGUCUAGUCGGCGGAAUUCGAGCCCAGYGGAAUCUAACUGUCUUUCCGUGUCUGGUGGGAGUUUUGGACGUCCCGGUUAACUUGUAGAAGCUUCGUUCUGUUGAGCAUUUUCAAUCGCAGAAGUCCACUUUUCCGUCUCUACAUGUUGUCGGAGUUUCAUUUAGUAUGAUUUCCGGCGAGAAAUAGCCGUUUUCCUGCGAGAAUUGGAUAUUUCCCGGUUGUGAAGAGCUCUGGAAUUCGAAUUUUGUUAAGCUGCCUGUGGUUUUGUCUUUUGUGGUUAAGAAGUUUCAAAUCCUGUCCGAAUUGUCUAAAUUAUCUGAACAUUUAGAGCUCGAAGAGUAAGUGCAUGGGGAGACUCGAGAGGGAUCGGAGAAAGAGAGAGAUAAGUUAAAAGUUUGGGUUACUUGAAUAUAACGGUUCCUGCAUUUCUUGGAGUUGGAAAAUUUAGGGUUGCGAUUGGGGACCUUCUUGAGGUUCAUUGCAUUUGGCGGAGACAGAUUUCGAGAAACUUACUUCGGGGAUUCAAGUUGAUUUUGGGCUGAACAGUGAGGGAGAUCUUCCUUGCAAUUUCGUAUCUAGGUUUUGUUUGAGAGGGUUCAACUCCGCUGAAGUGAUGAUGAAAUUAGGGGUUUUUAAGCUCGGAUGCGGGAGCUCUGUCUGAUCCAAGUGGGUUCUUCUUUGGCUGGAGAUAUUGCGUCUUUGGUUGCUGAAACAGAGUUUCCUUUGGUUUUGCUGAGUGGUUGUGGCAAAAGAGUGGAAAAGGCUGGUGAUUGAUUGAUACUCUUUAAAUUUUCAUCUGGAUCUGUCACGAUGAAGGCUCCUUCAAAUGGGUUUCCGGCAAAUUCUGGAGAAGGAGAAAGGAAGGGUAUAAAUUCGGAACUGUGGCAUGCAUGUGCGGGGCCUUUAGUUUCUUUGCCUCCAGUUGGAAGCCUUGUGGUCUACUUCCCACAGGGGCACAGCGAACAGGUAGCGGCUUCAAUGCAAAAGCAGACUGACAGCAUCCCAAGCUAUCCCAACCUUCCUUCAAAGUUGAUUUGUGUGCUUCACAAUGUCACAUUGCAUGCUGAUGCUGAGACUGAUGAGGUUUAUGCACAGAUGACUCUUCAACCAGUAAACAAAUAUGAUAGGGAGGCAUUGCUUGCAUCGGAUAUGGCCCUCAAGCAGAACAGACAACCAACUGAAUUCUUCUGCAAAACACUAACAGCUAGUGACACAAGCACUCAUGGUGGAUUUUCUGUACCUCGUCGAGCGGCAGAGAAGAUCUUCCCACCUUUAGAUUUCUCAAUGCAACCCCCAGCUCAAGAACUAGUAGCAAGAGACCUGCAUGAUGUUGCAUGGACGUUCAGACAUAUCUACCGUGGUCAACCAAAGAGACACUUGCUGACUACAGGUUGGAGUGUGUUUGUUAGCACAAAGAGACUCUUAGCUGGUGAUUCAGUUCUUUUUAUAAGAGAUGAGAAGUCACAACUUCUCUUGGGUAUAAGACGUGCAAACAGACAGCAACCAACACUUGCUUCAUCAGUCAUAUCAAGUGAUAGCAUGCAUAUUGGAAUUCUUGCUGCUGCAGCACAUGCAGCUGCAAAUAACAGCCCAUUUACUAUAUUUUACAAUCCGAGGGCCAGCCCUUCAGAGUUUGUGGUUCCCUUAGCCAAGUACACUAAAGCAAUGUACACUCAAGUUUCUCUAGGCAUGCGAUUUAGAAUGAUGUUUGAGACUGAGGAGUCAGGAGUUCGUAGGUACAUGGGCACGAUAACAGGUAUUAGUGAUUUGGAUCCUGUGAGAUGGAAAAAUUCACAGUGGCGCAACAUUCAGGUUGGAUGGGAUGAAUCAGCAGCUGGAGAGCGUCCAGGCAGAGUUUCAAUUUGGGAUAUUGAGCCUGUAGCAACUCCUUUCUACAUAUGCCCACCUCCAUUUUUUAGGCCCAAAUUCUCUAGACAACCAGGGAUGUUAGGUGAUGAGUCUGACAUAGAGAAUACUUUCAAGAGGGCAAUGCCAUGGCUUGCAGAUGACCUUGGGUUGAAAGAUACUCAAAGCCCAAUCUUGCCAGGCUUGAGUCUUGUUCAGUGGAUGAGCAUGCAGCAGAACACUCAGUUUUCAACUGCUCAGUCAGGAAUCUUCCCGCCGAUAGUUUCCUCAGCUGCAGUGCAUAAUAACCUUGGCACUGAUGAUCCAUCUAAGCUACUAAACUUUCAAGCACAGACCUUGUCUUCUCCAAAUAUCCAGUUCAGCAUUCCAAAAACGAAUCAACAUAAUCAACAAGUUGACCAGUUUCAUCAGCCACCUGUGACAUUGUCUCAACAACAGCAGCAGCUGCAGAUCCUUCAAACUCUUACAAAUCCACCGCAGCAGCAACAUCCCCAACAACAGCAGCAGUACAACCAACCACAACAGCAAUAUAAUCAACCACAACAGCAACACCAGCACCACCAACAACUGCAGCAGCAGCAAGAAUUGCAUCACCAGCAACCAGAGGAACAGCUACAGCAGCAACAGCAGCUUCUUCGACCAACUCCUGCCUGUUAUGGUGUGGUUUCUCCAAACAACACUUUGCAGCAACCUGUUGUCUAUUCUCAACUUCAGCAACAGUGUUUACCCAUAUCCAACAAUCAAUCCCAACAAAACAUCCAAGCCAAUACUUCCCUCCAACCAGUAUCUUUACCACAAGAUUUGCAGUUCCAGCAGCAAGUUGAACAACAGAACCUCUUGCAAAGGCAGCAGCAGCAGUCAUCAUUAUCUCAGCAGCAAUCUGUUCAACUACAGUUUCUGCAGAAAUUACAGCAGCAGCAGCAACAGCAACAAUUUCUCUCCCAGAUUAGCCCACGUUUGCAGCCUCAGCUGCAACAGCAACAGCAGGUCCAUCAACAAAAUCAGAAAUCUCAACAGCAGGCCUUCCCACCACAACAACAACUAAGCAGCACCAGAAAUCUUUCAUCACAUGCAUUAAACCAACCACAACAAUUUCCCUCGAAUCAUUUUCUAGGCCAGCAGAAACAAUCUGUGGCUAUCAGAGCUCAUUCUGGUCCUACAGAUGGUGAUGCUCCAUCAUGCUCAACAUCACCUUCUACUAAUAAUUGCCAAAUUUCUGCAUCCAGGGUCUUGAACGGAACCCAUCAAGGCCCAACUAUUCUAGGAGAGGAUACAGUGGUUCAGCCUGCAAGCAAUCCUGGUCAAGAGCUUCGAAGCAAGCCUGAUAUACAGGCCAAACAUGAAUUGGCAAAUCUGACAGAUCCAGACCAAUUAGUUCAUAGAGGUGUGACUGCUGAUCAAUUGGAUGCUUCUUCCUCUGCAACGUCAUACUGUUUGGAUGGCAGUAGCGUCCAGCAAAGUGUCUCACUACCAACAUUCGGUCUGGAAGGGGAAGCUCAAGGGGAUCCUCCAAAUAAUCUUUUAUUUGGUGUUAAUAUUGAUGGCCUGACGCCUGAAACUUUGCUAUCAAGAGGAUUUGGUUCUGGGAAAGAUCUUCAAAACUUGCUUUCCAGUUAUGGUGGUACUCAAAGAGAUAUAGAGACAGAGUUAUCUACAGCUGCAAUCAGUACACAGUCAUUUGGGGUGCCAGAUAUGUCAUUCAAGCCUGGGUGCUCCAGUGAUGCUGCUGUAAACGAAUCUGGGGUUUUGAAUAGAAGCUUGUGGGYUAACCAGACACCUCAGCGUAUGCGAACAUUCACAAAGGUUCAAAAGCGUGGCUCUGUCGGAAGAUCCAUUGAUGUCACACGUUACAAGGGAUAUGAUGAACUCAGGUAUGAUCUGGCACGCAUGUUUGGGAUUGAAGGACAGUUAGAAGAUCCACAUAAAAAUGAGUGGAAAUUGGUCUACGUGGAUCAUGAAAAUGAUAUUCUACUUGUUGGGGAUGAUCCCUGGGGGGAGUUUGUCAGCUGCGUUCAGAGCAUAAAGAUAUUGUCAGCCGCUGAGGUUCAGCAGAUGAGUUUAGAUGGUGAUCUGGGGAAUUUGCGUAUACCCAAUCAGGCCUGCAGUAGGUCAGAUAGUGAAAAUGCAUGGAGAGGACACUAUGAUGAUAAUUUAGGUGCCUCUUGAUGGGUGAGGCUGGACAAGGUUUAUGAAAUGAUAAACAUUUCUGCUCGUCGAUUUUUUUUGCUUGGCAAGGGUAUUCCAUGGCUGCAAGAUGAUCAGCAUACAGAGAUUGUUUCGCCUGCAAUUGGCCUGAGGGAAUGAAAACAUGACAAAUGGAUAUCAUAAUCAAGAUUUGAUUGUAGCUACUACCUGCCUCGCUGAUUCAUCUCUCAUAUGAGAGAGAGAGAGAGGUCCUCUUCCACGAUGAGAUGUUGUUCUAAGCUUUCUUUUAGUCUAAGGUACAUGUGAUGUGACCAUUUCUCUACUUGUAUGUAAAAUUACGCAAGGCAAAUUACUGUAAUAUCUUUGAACAUUUUGGCUAUAAGUUCCAUUCUACCAAUUAAAAGAGGAACAAAAAAAUUCAUAUUUCGGCAWGA